AUAGACGAUAUUUUUUACCCUGGAUUUCAUUCCAAACCCUAAUCAGCGUCUCCUUCAUCACGCACACAAUCGUCUCCCUCCCCACCACUCGCAUCUCCAUCUUUCCCAAACCCUAAUCAACUAUAUCCACUUCCCUCAAACAUAUACAGAGAAGAGGCGGAGAUGGAGUUAGCUAGAGAAACAUAUACAGAGAAGAGGCGGGAUAACAGGGGCUGCCGGGACCUUCUGUUCAUGGCGUUCUCCUAGGCGACGAUGGUGCUGUUCUGUGCCUCAACUGUCGUAUGCCUACCAUCACCCUACAUAUUGGGUCUUCAUUUAAUGGUUGCUAUACACCCAUAGUCGGUUUGCCCUGGUUAAUCUUCCUCAGUUCCCCUCCGAUAAAACACCACCGUCGGUUCUAUCCACCACCGUUCAGGCUUCAGCCACACCACCCCGCGGAGCCUCUUAUGCAACCGUCGAUCGUCGAGGGGUAUCUACAAGUUGACAUGGUGGGAAUAGAUCGACAGCGCAAAAAACUCACUCGCAUCUGGAAUUUGCUCACUCUUGUCCUUGUGGCUUGUAAGUUAGUUUUAGAUAUUUAUCCCUUAAGCUUUCAUAUAUGAUACUAAAUAUUGUUAAUAUGUUCUUACCCAAUUCAACUCUGCUUCACUUAACCGUCAUCUAUCGCGUGCGUAUACAAGCAACAUUGGUGGCUACAAGAAUGAAGGCUUUGUUGAAGUUCUUGCAGCCAAACAAAGUCUCGAGAAUCCCGACGGGUUCCAGUAAUAAUGUAAUGUUGGAAUUGCAAGAAUGUAAUGUUGGAAUUGCUGAGAGAGAAGUUUCCAAAAGCGAAUGACUUUGGAAGCGAAGUAAUUCCAGGUGCAACUUCAAUCGGUCUGCGGGUAUGAUUUGAGGAUUCUUACUCUUCCUUAAAUUUAAAACAGUUGAUAACUGCAACAAACAUAUCCUUGCUAAGUGAACUUUAUGUUCAUAAUGAUGAUUGUACUAUAAAAGUCCGUAUCAUCAGACUGUGAAGGCAACCAGCCUACAAAACCCCGACUGCAACACUAUUUUAUGGAAUGGUCUUCCUUGAUGAGCUGGGAAACAAAAUGCAAGCAACUGUAGUUGAAAAAUGGUAUAAACGGUUUGCAAAGUUUCUUGUGGAGAAGGAUUGUUUGAUUAUUAAAAAUCUAAGUAUCGUUCAAGAUUCUUCAAAGUACAAAUAUCUUGACAAUCCACUCAAAGGAACCCUUAUAUCUAAAAUCAUAGUAACCCGUUGCACUGAUUUUAGCGGUGCACUAUAUGCUAUUUCAUUUACCAGCUUUGAGGUGCUUACAAGAUGUGAACUUUCUGAAAACACACCAGUUGAUAUCAUUGGCUAUAUUGGUUUUUACUUCCCAAUUGGUGAUAUCGAGAAAAAAGAUGGCACAAAGCAAAGAACCAUAAGUUUAAUUUUAUGGGAGUCUUAUGCUGAACAAAUGUCAGAUUAUCUUUUGACACACCAAGACGAGACUAAUGUGGUGAUAAUACUUCAUUUUGGGAUGUUCAAGACUCAUGAGGGUUUGAAUAUUAAUUCUUUUCAAGUCUUCUUAUAGUUCAAGACACAUGAGGGUUUAAAUAUUAAUUCUUUAUGAUAUUCAAAAAAUAUGUCGUUCCCUUUAUAAUGGAAAUAUUACUAUAUCAUCAUUUGGUUUUAUUCGCCAAACCGUGUAACACAUGGGGCUAUAAACUAGUGUUUAAUAUAAGUUAAUUACAAUUAA